UUGCGUCAUGCUCAACCGUGACGGCUCAUCUCCCUGACUCCUCUCACAACAACGCCAUCGCCGAGGUUUGUUUCCUCGCCAAACACUCUCCCUCGUCGCGCCGCUGCCCCUCCUCACUCGCUCUCACACGCGCUAACAACAAUCUGCUUGCCACUUGAGGAACGCAUGCACGCGUCCCCCGCCAAAACCGCAAAAUUUGACUGGCCAUCGCCGGAGUAUCUCGCGCGCGCCAUGGGUGGGGCAUGCGCGCUCCAUCCUCUUCCUCUCGCCGCACACCCGUCCCACUCGGGGAUGAGGGGGUCGCCUGAAACUGGUGUUUUCUCCAUCCCCGCGCGGCGACCCCGAUCUGCGGCGGGGAUGGGCGUGGGGAAGGUUGGAGCACGCCGCGCUUUCACUUCAUAUAAGACCGGGUGACUCGAGGUUGUCCAACUGACAAUCCACUCUCACUAUGCCUAUGAUCAUCAACCAGAGUCGCGAACGAUCCGCAAAGCUCGCUCAGCGGCCUGGUCCCGUCAAGUACUAUGGCUUCAAUGGCAACGCUCUCCUCGCAGCUGUCGUUGCGACCGGCACUGUCGGCUUCUCCCUCUUCGGCUAUGACCAGGGUCUCAUGUCUGGUAUCAUCGGCUCGGAGCAGUUCAACCGCGAGUUUCCCGCCACUCGGCAGAACGGUCCCAACGAUGUCCACACCGGUACCAUCCAGGGCGCCGUCACCUCGUGCUAUGAGGUCGGAUGCUUCUUCGGCGCCAUGUUUGCCUACUUUGUCGGCGAGAGGGCCGGCCGUCGUCGCAUGAUGCUUGGCGGCGCCGUUGUCAUGAUCAUCGGCGCCAUCAUUACCACGAUCACUUUCGGCCCCGGCGACCCCAGCGGACGGGGCAAUGUCGGUGGUUUCGUUCAAUUCUUUGUCGGUCGUGUAAUCACUGGUCUGGGCAACGGAGCAAACACUGCCACCAUCCCGACCUGGAUUGCGGAGUCGUCCAAGGCACACAACCGUGGCUUCCUGAUCUGCAUGGAAGCCUCGACCGUUGCCGUCGGCACCGUUAUCGCGUACUGGCUCAACUUUGGCCUCUCAUACGUUGACAAGGACGGUGUCUCGUGGCGUUUCCCCAUUGCAUUCCAGAUCUUCUUUGCCCUUCUUCUCAUUAUCGGUGUUCUCGGUCUCCCCGAGUCGCCUCGUUGGCUCCUGCUCCACAACUACGACGACGAGGCUCAGCGCGUCAUUGCUGCUCUCGCCGGCGAGGAGUUCGACUCGGAGAAGACAAUCGCCGACAAGGUCCGCAUGACUGAGGCCAUUGAGGCUCAGAUUCAGGCUCAGGCCAAGCGAUCUGACAUUCUCAAGCAGGGCAAGAAGCAGAACCUCACCCGUACUUUGGUCGGUGCUUCGACCCAGCUCUUCCAGCAGCUCGGUGGCUGCAACGCUGUUAUCUACUACUCGACCAUUCUCUUCAAGAACCAGAUCGGCCUCGAGAUGCGCCUCUCGCUCAUUCUCGGUGGUGUCCUCUCGAUUGUCUACAUGCUCUUCGCCCUCCUCUCGUUCCAGCUCGUCGAGCGUGUUGGCCGCCGCAAGCUCUUCCUUAUCGGAACCGUCGGCCAGGCCGUCUCCAUGUUCAUCACCUGGGGAUGCCUCCUUCCUGGCUCUGUUGGCCCUGCCAAGGGUGGUGCCUUUGGUCUUCACCUCUUCAUCGCCUUCUUCGGCGCGACCUGGCUCCCGCUCCCGUGGCUCUACCCCGCCGAGCUCAACUCGAUGUCGGUGCGCACCCAGGCCAACGCCAUCUCGACUAUGACCAACUGGCUGUGCAACUUCCUCGUCGUCCAGGUGCUGCCGACCAUGACGGCCUCGAUCGGCGCCUGGACCUUCUUCCUCUUCGCCAUUGCCAACUGUAUCUUCCUCCCCUUCAUCUACUUCUUCUACCCCGAGACGGCUGGCCGCUCGCUAGAAGAGCUCGAUGUCGUCUACGCCCACGCGCACGUGACCCACCGCCGCGCAACCAAGGUCGCCAAGGAGCUUCCCAAGCUCACGGACCACCAGGUGCAGGUCAUGACCGACCGCUACGACAUCCACGGCCCCGACACGGAGGUGACGGCCGAGGACGCCAUCGACACCUCGAUCCCUCCCCGAAGCGGCAACAGCGAGAAGUUCGGCAUGGACGGCCGCUCCAACUCGCCUUCGCCUAAUGCGACGCGUGUGGCUACGCCCACCGACAUGCUUGACGCCGAGAAGGCUUCCGCUUAGGUCGUGUGUUUUUAGUAGAGGCGUUAGAGGCGCGCGCAUUGCCGGGACGGUCCGGGCCGCGCGCCGAGUGGUACUGUAUUGCUAGAUUGAUACUGCAGCGGUAGACCGCGGAUGCGACCUAUAGUGACUGAGC